AGCUUAACAUAUCUCAAUGUCACACAACCUCCGAUUGUCCAACGUCAAGUCUAUGUCGCAUAGCACGCAAAUGCUAUCUGCCGCCUGCAGGAAUGUAACACCAGAGUGGGAGAGACUUCGAACAUGGACCUACAUCCUGCUGUAACAAUAACGGUACGACUUGCACUAAUUGCAUCUAGCUAUGCGCAUAAUAAUACUUCGUGAAUGGAUUACCAUAUGCGUCCUAUUGGCAAGGUGAAAGAGCUUGCUUGAUUCUGUCUGCGAUCAUCGGACGAGAACUUCACGCGCUGGUAGGUAUCUCAGGAGAAAUGAAAUACGAAGUUUUGAUUAGUGCGGUAGAUGUACCACCUCAUUAACCUUGUCGAGUGUUGAGAGGCCGUGAAGUAGCGGGCUUCUGAUUGGGUGCUUGCCAUGAUCACUUCGACACUAGGGCUGAAAAGAACAAAUUGACUGCUAUAAACUUCUGGACUGCUCUGUAAGUGUCGAAGUCUAUACGUACUGACGUUGACAGACUACACAGACUGCGUAUACACAGGAACAAGCUAUUCCAUACGACGAGAGAGAGAGGCUGUGUAUGUCUGACAUGAACGUGCGAGGAUGAAUAGGCAGAAACUAGUCGUCGAUGAGGGCAGUACGAGUAGAAUGGAAGGAAAUAUAGUAGUUGAAAGGAGCAUGGGGCCAUCUACACCGGAUGUAUUCAGUGUAGAUGCUGAUUUGAUGACGACGACCGUGGCGUCACGAUGCACGGUCGAAGAUAUUGCACGGCUCUCACACUGGAACGGAAGUUAUUCGAUCAAGCAGGACGAUCUCCGCGUCCACGACUUAAUUCAGAAGCACAUUGACUCAGUGCCGAGUGCACCAAGUGUGUGCAGCUAUGAUGGCAACUAUAGCUAUGGAGACUUAGACAAGCUUUCCUCGGCUCUAGCCAGUCAACUCAGUUCCCUGGGUGUCGGUUGCGAGGACUUUGUGCCUAUAUGCUUCAACAAGUCGAAAUGGACUGCAGUAGCAAUACUUGGUAUCAUUCGAGCCGGGGCAGCGUUUGUACUGCUUGAUACCGCGCACCCGCUAGCCCGUCUUCGAGAGAUCUGUCGCGAUAUACAGACAACCGUGAUUCUCGCCGCAGAGGAGUUCGACGACCUCGCGCAACAGCUUACGGAUGAAGCAGUUAUUAUGGUUGUUGGAGAGUCAUCAUCGCGAUUAUGGCUCGAGACCGACGACCGGCGCUGGAGGGCGGUGCCGGUUAUGGGCUGCAAUGCACUUUAUGCUGUGUAUACGUCAGGGUCAAUCGGCAAGCCGAAAGGUGCUGUAAAUGAACACGCUUCAUUGUGUACUGCAGCUGAAGCCUCAGGACGAGCUCUCGGCAUGUCCUCGCAGACACGCGCUUUCCAGUUUGCUUCGUUCGCCUAUGAUCCAACUAUUAUGGAUUUUCUUCGCACAUGGAUCUUUGGCGGUUGCGUGUGCAUCCCCUCACCGACACAAGUCAAGAAUGAUAUUGCGAGCGCCUUCGCAGAGCUACGAGCUAACCAGGCCAGCCUCACGCCUUCGGUGGCCCGGCUGCUGGACGUGCAAACCCUCCCUGGCCUGCAGGCUCUAGAAUUUGCUGGCGAACCAAUGCUUCGAACUGACCUGGAGAAAUGGGCUGACCACGUCCGACUAGUUAAUGCGUACGGCAAUGCCGAGUGCUCAGUCUACUCGGUAGUUCACUCUGCAAUGUCCCGUACUGCACACCCGCAAAACAUUGGCUUUUCUAUUGGGUGCGUAACGUGGAUUGUAGAUCAGGACAAUUCGGACAUACUACUCCCCGUUGGUGAAGUAGGCGAGUUGAUCCUAGAAGGUGUCACUGUAGGGCGGGGAUAUCUCAAUAACCCAGCGAUGACUGCCAACGCGUUCGCAAUCACACCCUCAUGGCUAAGUAAGUUUCGAGGCGACGCGUCCCACCUUCACCGCCUAUACAAGACGGGAGACUUGGUGCAAUACCAGGAUGAUGGGUCGCUCAUCUACCUAGGACGAAAAGACACCCAAGCCAAAGUCAAUGGUCAGCGGAUUGAGCUGAGCGAAGUUGAAUGGCAUAUAGGAGAGAUACUUGGGCCUCAGGCAAACGUCGUUGCAGAGAUGAUUCACGUAGAUCGCAACGGCCUCGAACAAGCCAUGCUCAUAGCGUUCGUGCGCCUUGGGGACGCUAGAGAAGACGAAACCUCCCCAACUUCCAAUCCGCUUUUUCGUGUGCCUACAGAUGCCUUCCGCGUUAGAAUGGAGAUAGUAGAAAACGAGCUUCGAACCCGAGUACCUCCGUACAUGAUUCCUCGCGCCUCUGUUGCACUAGACCAUGUUCCCCUAUCGGUUUCAGGUAAAACAGAUCGCCGACGCCUGCGGCAGGAGGCAGCGAAUCUACGAUGGGUGGACAUUGAAGCAUAUAUGCUGGGGCCCAUAGGACCAAAGCUUUCCCCGACUACUGAGGUCGAACGACGGCUCCAAGCUGCCUUCGCCAGUAUCCUGGGGAUUGAGGCAGAUAGUCUUAAUAUGCACGACUCCUUUUUCCGCAGGGGAGGGGACUCUAUCUUAGCUAUGCAGCUAAGUGCAUACUUUCGUUCACAUAAGCUCAACAUCACGACACAAGAUAUAUUUCAAUACCCAACGGCUUCUCAGCUUGCUGAGGAGAUGAUGAUGCGUCUCAAUUCUGAGGCCCACCUAGCACACGAGCCCUCGCUCGUUUCUCCAUUGCAGGAAUUGCUGCUCGAGAAUCAAUAUUCACCAAGCCAUAACGGGCAGAGAGGCCCAAUGGCCACACAUGCGCUCUUCAUGCCUUUAUCAGCCACCACUAGCCUGAUUAAACUGGAAGCUGCCAUCAACGCUCUUGUCUCUCGUCAUCCUGCGCUCUGCAUGGCAUUUACUUCUGGAACAGACGGCCGAUGGCAACAAACGAUAAGAGAACCAACACACAGUUCAUAUGACUGUUCUAUUCUGGAAGUCACAAGUGUUGAGCCCGACUACUUAGUGCAGAUGUCAGUUGACCAGUCUGAGCGCUUGAACCUCCAAGAUGGGCCGGUACUUCUCGCCUACUUGAUCACAGAAGGUGGAGAUAAAGACCAGCACCUGCUCUUAGUGGCCCCAGUGGUUCUGAUCGACGCUCUCUCAUGGGAAGCCAUCUAUGCCGAGUUAAGCACCUGGCUCAAGAACGAAAGCGGCUCUUGGCCCAUAACGGUCGCAUCCUUUAAGUCAUGCUACGAUGCAUCUAUAUCUGCUAGUUCUCUGUGGGUUCAGGAACAGCCAUUACAGCAGCCUUCGGUCGACUAUUGGGCAAUGUCUCAUGAUGCCAGUAUAAAUAGCUAUGGAACCAACUCAAUUGAGUUUGACUUAGACCCUACAACGACUUCGCGGCUGUGGUCGGAAGGUAGCGCCGUGCUGCAUGCCACCCCCGAAGAGAUUCUUCUUGGCGCUCUCUUGCAUUCCUUCGGGGCUACUUUUAUUGACCGGGGAAGUUUAAGGAUAUCUGUCCAAUGCGAUGGACGACCCAACGAUGCAUCCCAUGUAAUUGGCCAAUUCAUCACCUAUCUGCCUUUAUCAGCGCCGAUAGACAGACACGAGGAUUUGAUACAUGUUGUCCGUCAAUGUAAGGAUGCAUAUCGGAAUGCCUACGAGAAACGGCUUUUCCUUAACCCUCAAGAGGCUAAUAUCGAAGCUACGUUUCACUGGACUGGCCCGCAAGCUUUUGAACAUGGGAUAAAAUAUGCCGAUUCCCUACUACUAGGCAGUGGUGGAGGAAGUGCCCCAGCUCCAAAAGCAGCUCGUUUCAAAAUUGUUGCAUCUCAAAUAGAUGGGAGCCUCAAGGCUAGGAUAUCAUAUCCAUCGCCAAUUUCCCACUCAGGUGCCGUUCGCAAGUGGUUCCAACUGUACAAAGAGACGUUGGCCAACUUGAAUCAGCGGUUACAAGACGCUAAGUUUCAGCCAACAAUCAAUGAUUUUCCACAACUUGCCGUCACAAACGAAGAAUUUGACUCUUUGCUACAACAAAUCAUAUUCCACAGCAAUAUCAACGACGCUUCGGGCAUUGAAGAUAUCUACCCUGUUUCUUUUAUUCAGCAGGGCAUGUUGUUAAGCCAGGCUCGCGAUCCUCAUGCCUAUUUGUCUUGCCUAUCUUGGAAAGCAAAGUCUCGCGAUGGCUCUUCAGUGGAUCUGGCCCGACUGGAGGGGGCUUGGGAAGCCUUAGCUAAAGCUCAUCGCAUUCUUCGCACCUUUUUCGUACAAGGCCAUGGGGACUGUUACUACCAAGUAGUGCUGAGAUCCCCACGUGUCCCAAUCGUGAUCCUGCACUCCGAUAAUCCCGAAUUCUCUCUCAUUCAGGAUGGACAACCCCUUGAUAUCGUCGGAGAUAGUUUGAUGCUGCCUUGGUCACUUACGCUUAUCCCUCAAACGGGAGAUUCGGUCAAAUGUGAGCUGCAGAUCAGCCACGCACUCAUGGACGGCGAGUCUACGUACUUGAUUAUUAGAGAUGUUGCGUUAGCCUAUGAAGAUCAAGAUGUGCUCAGACAACUUCCUCAAUAUGAUCAAUAUAUCAGAUAUCUUCGACAAGCCUCUAGCGUUCAUAACUUGGAGUACUGGAAGUCUUACCUUGACUCAACCGAGCCUUGCAUUUUCCCUCCGUUUCCGACACCAGAUGCAAUAGACACACCGAAUGAAAAACUGCUUUGUCAUGAGAUCUGUCUUGAUUACAAUUCUGGACUGCGUUCAUUUUGUGAGAAGGAAGGUGUUACUAUUUUCAAUGUUAUGGAGCUUGCUUGGGCAGUGGUUCUCCAGUGUUAUACCGGCAAUGAUACAAUCGUUUUCGGGUACUUGUCAUCUGGCAGAGAUGUUCCUAUUGACGGAGUAGAGAAUAUUGUUGGCCCCCUCAUCAACAUGCUCGUCAGCCGAGUAGACUUGCACAACAAGGAGUCGAGUGUGCGACAAGUCUUGGAGCAAUGUCGAAACCGAUUCGUGCAAAGUCUUCCUCAUCAACACUGCGCUUUAUCUGAUAUCUACCGAGAAUUAGGACACUCUAAAGGUGGACUAUUCAACACCAUCAUUACUUAUCAGAAGGAGAAACCUCCUGAACUUAGCACAGAUAUCAUCUUUGAGCAGACACAAGACCAACAACCUACUGAGUUUGAUAUUGUUUUAGACAUUCGACUACGCCCCAGUUCCUUGUCCUUGUCUUUCACGUACAGGCUAGAUAAAUUCCCCGGCGAACUAGUCCGGUCUAUCGGACGCACGUUCAGUACCGUGGUUGCAGAUAUUGUAGCCAAACCGGAGGCAAGUGUGUCCGAGAUAAAAUUGCUUAGCGACAUGGACUUCAGUCAAAUCUUGAACUGGAAUAGCCUCUCACCCAGUGUUGUCAACCUCUGUUUGCAUGAUGUGAUUCGGAUGAGAUGCCUAGAGUGCCCCAACAGGUCGGCGAUCCAUGCCUGGGAUGGAAACCUCUCCUAUCAAGAGGUUUGGAGCCAUUCCUCACGGUUUGCCGAGCUCCUGAUCAGCCUUGGUGUGACCACGGAGAUGCCCGUGCCUAUAUAUCUCGAGAAGUCUGUAUGGGUGCCUGUCUGCAUACUAUCCGUUUUGCGUACUGGCGGUGUUUGUGUGCUUAUCGACUCCGGCACACAUAUUGAACGUAUACGAGCUGUGCUUCGGGAGGUCGCAUCCCCGAUUAUACUAGUAUCACCAGAGACAACUAAGUCCGAUAUCCGGAUACCAAUAAGCAAAAUCCUCAUCACGCCCGAGGUAUUCAUAAAAUCGCCAUCUAAUCAGAUUUCAUUGCCGAUCGUACAGCCAGAGAAUGCAGCGUUCAUUCUCUACACUUCAGGUAGCACUGGGCGCCCCAAAGGGAUAGUCCUACAGCAUAACAAUCUUUGCACCGAUCAUCGAGAGAUAAGAGACAAAUUGAUGGUGUCUAGCGAGUCACGCAUUUUACAUUUUGCCUCAUACGCGUUUGACGCUAGUGUCAACGAGAUUCUCGCCAGCCUGACCAAUGGAGCUUGCCUCUGUAUCCCAUCGGAAAUGGCUAGAAUGAAUGAAUUAGAGGGAUUCACCGCCCAAGCACAGAUAAAUUGGACACUCAUUACGCCUUCUCUUUUUCGUCUAUUCCGCCCGGACAAUGUCUCAUCGCUACGCGUGGUAGUUUUGACUGGGGAAUCAAUCCCACAGGAUCUUGUUGCGCUCUGGGCGGACAGAGUUACCUUGUUCAACGCUUACGGGCCAGCCGAGUGUACAAUAUGCACCAUUCACCGGAUUGAGCCUAGAAAAUGGGCUGUUUCUACAGUGGGAAAGCCUGUGGGUGGCCAUGGUUGGAUUGCUGAUCCUUCUAAUGUUAAUCGGCCUAUGCCAAUAGGAGCGGUAGGCGAGUUGCUAUUCCACGGACCAGUUGUCGCUCGUGGCUAUUUUCAACUACCAGAAGCGACAAAGACCGCUUUCAUAUCCCCACCUUCGUGGCUGCCCGCCACGACCCUUGGGACUAACAGUCGAUUGUAUCGAACAGGCGAUUUGGUGCAUUACAACCUGGACGGCUCUUUCCGGUACCUGGGUCGGAAAGAUAAUCAAGUGAAGAUACGAGGACAGCGCGUUGAACUGGAAGAAGUGGAACUGCAUAUUCGACGCCUCCUGCCUUCAGGUCACGACGUGGUAGCUGAUUGUAUUCGACCAGCCAAGCAACAGAGUGCAGUCUUGGUCGCCUUUAUGCACGGAGGGGAAAGUAAGGAAGAUGAAUAUUCCGAGUCUCUUAUUAUAUCGCCUAGUAAAGCAUUUCACUCCCUUUCGAACGAUAUACGCAGAAAGCUUAUUGCUUCUGUCUCACAUCAUAUGAUACCACAGUUCUUGAUUCCAGUCUCAAGUAUACCAAAGACCAAAUCGGGGAAAACAGAUCGGCGUUUGCUUCAUAAUACUUCAAGUCACUUAUCCUACAACGACCUCGAGACUCUCAUCUUUUCGGGGCGGGAAGAGGAACGGUUGCAACCUAACACUCCAAACGAGGAGGCAAUGCAACAUAUGUGGGCAACGGCCCUUGCUCGACCGAUAGAGAAGCUAGGCAUCAAAGACAAUUUCUUUUGGGUAGGUGGCGACUCCAUUGGAGCUAUGAAAUUAGUCGGCCUUGCUCGCGCUAAGGGCUAUUCCUUGACCGUCUCGGACGUCUUUAGCAAACCGACAAUAGCGAGCCUUGCUGAAGGACUGCAAUAUGGAACCCCUUCAUCCGAGCAAGAGUACUGCCCAUUUAGCCUAGUACCACUAGAGGAGGGGGCUGAGACGCUUCGAGAGACUGCUGCAAGCAAGUGUGGCGAACCCUUCACGGGGAUCGAGGAUAUCUACCCGUGCACCGCACUUCAAGAGGGUCUAAUGAGUCUAACUAUCAAGCACCAAGGCUCAUACGUGGCUCAAUACCAAUAUAAACUCAAUGAUGGCGUCGACGUGCAAUGUCUUGCCGCAGCCUGGGACGUUGUUGUGGCUAUCAACCCGCUUCUUCGGACCCGUAUUAUACAGUCUGAGUCUAGCCGUAUGCUCCAAGUCGUGUUAAAGGACGGGCCGCCAUGUGCAGUAAAAAGUUCUGAUCUGGAAGAAACUAUGAAAGCUGAUCGAGACAUGCAUAUCAGCUUAGGAACACCUCUCCUGCGCUAUAACGUGAUAUCCGAGGGGGCUCGAUCGUACUUCGUUCUCACGAUCCAUCAUUCUAUCUAUGACGGCUGGUCAAUGACACUGUUGCUGGAGCAAAUGGAACUAGCAUAUGCUGGUCGCCAGCCUCAUGCUGUGUCGUUCACCAGCUUCGUGAAAUAUGUCAAUAACGUAGAUGAAACGGCUUGCAGCCAAUUCUGGCGAUCCGAAUUUGCAAACAUCGACGCCUCCAUCUUCCCGAUAUAUAACACUGAUCGUAGCAAGAAGACCAAUUUGCAACUAGUAGAGCAGAGACUGGAUACGCCAGUUACCAAUUCUCAAUUCACUCUCUCGGCCAUAGUCCGCUUGGCUUGGGCCAUAGUUUUGUCCAAGCAUACUGAUUCAGGUGAUGUCGUCUUCGGAGCUACAGUUACGGGACGCAGCGCUGCCGUGGUGGGUAUUGAACAAAUGGCUGGGCCUACAUUGGCAACUGUCCCCUUUCGUGUGAAACUCAACCCUACAGCAUCCAUACGGAAAUCCCUAGAAGAUAUACAAUUCCGAACAGUUAAUAUGAUACCCUACGAGGGGACGGGUUUACACAACAUCAGGAGUCUAGGAGAUGACGCUGGUAAAGCAUGCCAAUUCAGGAACCUGUUAGUGAUUCAGCAGCAGCAUAGCUUUUACCAACCCCAGCUACUCCAUGAAAUUCAUAGAUUUACCGAAAACAUCGCUUCCAUCGACACCUAUCCCUUAACACUACUUUGCGACCUCAAUGGAGACCAUAUAAUGAUGCAUCUAUCUUACGACACACAGCUGCUAAGCGAAACAAAAGUGCGAUUGCUUGCCCGCCAUUUGAGCAGAGCCAUUCUGCAGUUGCUAGAAUACCCUGCUUCCAAUGUUGGCGAUAUCGAGUUGGAUGAGCCAGACGCGGUACAACAGCUGCAGGCUCGGCAUCACAAGACCCCUACUAAAAUCGAUGCUACGGUUCAUGAACUCAUCGAGCACCAUUUUCAGAGUCAACCACAGGCAAUAGCUAUCUCAAGCAAGAAUGGCGAUUUAUCCUACCAUCAGCUGAAUCAUAUGUCUGCUCAAUUAGCUAAUAAUCUGGCGCAGCGUGGAGUGAAACCGGAAGUGCUAGUCCCUUUAUAUCUAGAGAAGUGUAAAUGGACCCCCGUCGCGAUUCUAGGUGUUGUCAGAGCAGGCGGUGCAUUCGUGCUGCUAGAUACCGCCCAUCCCCUCGACCGACUGAAGAAUAUCAGUGAUCAACUGGAUGCUCCCCUAAUACUUACUUCCACUGCACUUUUACCGACAGCUUUGUCCUUGAAUCCGCAAACAAUAUGUCUUGAUACUUACGCAUGGCAAGAGCCAAAAAAUUACGAGCAGACAGUGACUAUGACUUCAGACUUGUCUAUUGUUAGACCUUACAACAUGCUAUAUGCGGUCUUCACCAGUGGCACGACGGCGACUCCCAAGGGUGUUGUUAUUGAGCAUAGCGCAUUUGUCUCUAGUGUGUUUGCCACGAAGGAUCGCCAAGGCAUUGCAAAAACAAGUAGAGUGCUACAGGCCUCCUCUUAUGCCUUCGACGUCAGCGUUCUAGAUCAUCUAGGCACACUUCUUAUAGGCGGAUGUCUGUGUAUCCCACGGGCCUCAGACGUGCAUAACGAUCUUGCGGGCGCCAUCAACGAACUUCAGGUCAACUUUAUGCACAUCACUCCUUCACUGGCAGAGACUUUGCGCCCUGAGGACAUACCUGGGCUUCGUACUCUAGUGUUAAGCGGAGAGCCUAUGACAGCAGGGCUUGUUGCCACCUGGGCUCAUGCCGUGAAGCUUGUCAACUCGUACGGACCAGCUGAGUGCUCUGUCACCUGCGCAGUCCAAGAUACCGUGAAUCCUAGUAGCAGUCCUUCAAACAUAGGUUUCGCUACUGGAAGCACCAGCUGGGUCGUGAACAAAGACAACCACGAUCAACUUGCCCCAAUUGGAACUGUGGGUGAGCUUCUAGUUCAGGGGCCAAUCCUCGGUCGUGGCUAUCUAAAUGACAAAGAAAAAACCAACCUCUCGUUCAUCCGAGACCCUGCAUGGAUGCGCCAAUUCUCGUUCUCAGGCGAUAGUCGGAGGUUUUACAAAACGGGUGAUCUGGUUGAGCUACAGCCAGAGGAUGGAUCGCUGCUCUAUAUCGGCCGAAAAGACACACAAGUCAAAAUACAUGGCCAGCGAAUAGAACUAGGAGAAGUGGAGUAUCAUUUGAAGAAUCACUUCCCAGACGCUGUGAGGGUGGUAGCAGAUGUGGUUGUCUCCGAAGAGGAAGGAUCAGUGCCGGUACUAAUUGCCUUCGUCGAGAUCAUCACCAACCAGAACCAGCAUGAGGGAGAGAUAUCCAAUCACCCCCUUUUUUUCUUAUCCACUGCCGCAUUCAGGACUAAGACUCAGGAUGUUGUGGCUCAACUGCGUAGGAAACUCACAGCCGUUAUGGUGCCAGCAGUAUUCCUCCCUACGACGCGCAUCCCUCUCUCUGCCGCGGGCAAGGUUGACCGUCGAAAGCUGAGGCAAGCUGCCUCUUGUCUCACACGAACGGAGAUCAGAUCCUACGUAGCAGUUAGUAGGAAAAGGCGAGACCCGGUCACAGCGGCAGAACGUCUAGUCUUAUUAGUUUGCUGCCGUAUUCUAAAGCUUGCGGUUGAGGACAUUGGGAUGGACGACACCUUCUUCGAAUUGGGUGGGAACUCUAUAUCUGCAAUUCAUUUUGUUCGACAUGCUCGAGAGGCGGGAUGGGAUGUGCAAGUGACGGAUAUCUUCAAUGAACCAACCCUCGCUGCCUUGGCAGAAAAGAUGCACUACGUUGGAACCAAUUUGGCCACGCACCGAAUGCCUCCGUUCUCCCUCCUGACAGACAAAGAUCUAGCUGCUGAUGUCAAAUCUCUUGCCGCAAGUACGUGCGCAAUAUCUGAAUCGCAGAUCGAAGACAUAUAUCCGGCGACUGCAUUGCAAGCUGGUCUGCUGGCCUUAAGUAUUAAACAGCACGGUUCCUAUCAGGCUUGUAUUCCACUGCGUUUACCACCCCAUGUCGAUCUCGAUCGCUUGAAGCGGGCCUGGGAGUUGACAGUUGAGAAUAAUGCCAUUCUACGUACCCGGCUCAUCCAAAAUGCCAAUGGUCAAGUCUACCAAGUUGUCUUAUUGCCCGAAAAGCUUGAGUGGCACAAAGCGACUAGCUUAGACGAGUACAUCAAAAAAGACUCCCGUCUUUCAAUCACGAUGGGUGGGCCGUUGACACGGGUUGCCUUGACAAAAGAUGACAUUGAAGUCAAAUCAUGCUUGGUAGUCACAUUACAUCACGCAUUAUACGACGGCUGGACCCUCCCACUCCUUUGGCAGGACCUGGAGGGUGCGUAUCUUGGCCAGCCAUUAUCACUUCGGCCAUUCAACGGCUUCGUAAGUCAUAUUUGCCAAACUAGCAGCCCUCAGAUGUCUGAUUUCUGGAGAGCUGAGUUUGAGGGUCUCGACUGUCCCCAAUUCCCAUUACUGCCUACUCAUCACUACACGCCAUCGAUUACAGACACACUGGAACAGACACUCGACCGCCAUGGCUCCUUUUCGGCCUUCACCUUAUCGACAAUUGUACGCCUCGCCUGGGCAACAGUGGUUUCCAUUUACUCUAGAUCCGAUGAGGUGGUAUUUGGUGCUACCGUCGCUGGACGUAGUGCCCCAGUCCCCGGGAUUGAGGGCAUGACAGGCCCAACAAUCGCCACAGUUCCGAUCCGGGUUAAGCUUCGACCUUCCCAGCAUGUCAACGAAGCGCUAGAAGACAUUCGCGUGCGCGCGACACGUAUGAUCCGGUUCGAACAUGCUGGACUGCAGCUCAUUCGGACUUGGAGUCCCGAAACAGCUCAGGCCUGCCAAUUUCAAAGCCUUUUGAUAACCGAAUGGAUCGGUGAGCAGGCGGACGACCCUUCCUGUUUCUUCGUGGAUUACGACUAUGCCUAUGAUGAAACAGCAUUCUCCUCUUAUGCCAUCAAUCUCACCUGCCAGUUAUCUACAUCUCAGGUCAAAUUUCUAGUCGCCUAUGACAGGCGAAUUGUUGAACCGUCGGUAAUGGAAAUGAUGCUUUUCCAGCUUUCUCAUGCUACUUCGAGAAUAUUGGCCAACUAUCCACUCGUUGGAGAUCUCAUGAAUAUCAGCCCACAGGGUAUGCGAUCCGUGUUCCGGUGGAAUGCUGAACUUCCGCCACGAGUCGAUACUUGUGUGCAUGACUUCAUCCUGGCGCACAGUGAGAAAACUCCAGAGGCAGUGGCUGUGACUGGCUGGGAUGGUAGCCUAAGGUAUGGAGAUUUGGAGUCUUUGUCGCUCUAUCUGUGCAAGCAUCUCAUCUCUUCUGGGGUGGGAAGGGAAACGAUCGUCCCUCUUCUAUUUGAUAAGUCUAUAUGGACAACGGUUGCAAUUCUUGGUACUAUGCGGUCUUCUGCCGCUUUCAUGCUGCUAGAUGCAACACUUCCAGAGGCACGUCUGGCAUCGCUCUGCAGAGCCGUUGGCGCGAAGGUCAUGGUGGCUUCAGAGCAGCGCACGCUUCUUGGAGAGAGUUUAGUCCCACAUGUACUAACUUGCUCGCCGAAGCACUUGGUCUCGUUCGAAAAUGAUUCUACCAUAACGUUACCAACGUCGGAACCCAGCCAGGCCCUGUACUGCCUGUUCACUAGUGGGUCAACGGGCGAGCCAAAGGGUGUCAUAAUUGAACAUGCCUCCUUCUGUUCUAGCAUUCCAGGUAUCACCAAGGUCACCCCAUUCAAUUCGUCUACGUGCUUGUUCCAAUUUGCAUCCUACAGCUUCGAUGUCUGCAUCACCGAUCACCUUGUCCCGUUAAUGCAUGGAGGCUGUAUAUACAUUCCGUCGGCAGACAGCAUACAAAACAACUUAUCAGCUUGCCUAAGGUCAUCUAACGCAACACGAGUGGAAUUAACCCCGUCGGUAGCAAGAAUAGUAAAGGUCGAAGAUCUAGCGGGCCUGCAGAUGCUUUGUCUUAGCGGCGAAGCGAUGGACAAGGCUGAUGUUGAGAAAUGGUGCGAUAAGAUUUGUCUAGCUGGCGCUUACGGGCCUGCGGAGUGCUCUGCGACGUCGUCAAUUAAGUUUCCUGUCAAAGUAGGCGAUGUUCCUUCGCUGCUUGGCUCUUGGACGGGAUGCGUCGGUUGGGUAGUAGACGCAGUUGACGCUGAGCGGCUGGUCCCCAUCGGCUCCGUGGGAGAACUCAUAAUUGAAGGACCAACUGUAGGCAGAGGCUACCUGAACGAUCCAGGCCAGACAGCUGCCGCCUUUAUCCCACAGAUGCAGUGGCUCCGACGUUUUCGCGCAGACACUGGAAGAAAAGGAGAAAGCCGCGUGUACAAGACUGGCGAUCUCGUACAGUUGCUUCCUACUGGGGUCAUGAGAUACAUUGGGCGCAAAGAUCGCCAAGUCAAGAUUAGGGGUCAGAGACUUGAACUAGGCGAAAUCGAAGAACAUGUACGCCGCGUGUUCCCGCGGUCGACAAGUGUUGCAGUAGAGCUUCUUCAGCCAAACGACCAGGAUAGUGAGCCCCUUUUGAUGGCUUUUGUGGAGGUGGCCGAUCCAGCUAACCCUCAUAACCACCGUAAAGAGUCUAGCGACAUGGCAAUACUAUCACCGACAGCCUCGUUUCACGCUGAUGUGAGAAACACCGAAUGCCAGUUGGAAGACUUAGUACCACGAUACCAGAUUCCUGCUGUGUUCCUUCCAGUGAACCGAAUACCGCUUUUGUCAGCGGGAAAGAUAGAUCGCAAAAAGGUCCGGGACGUGGGAACAAAUCUCACGAAGAUAGACCUAAGAACAUAUGCUGAUCUUCAAGUCGUCAAGCGCCCACCAGAGAAUGAGAUGCAGCGAGCUCUGCAGAAACUCUGUGCCCAAGUUCUGAAUAUGCCGCCCGAUGAUAUCAGUAUGGGUGAAAGCUUCAUAUCGCUUGGUGGCGAUUCCAUCACUGCCAUGUCUCUAGCCGCUCGCGCACAUAGUGAGCAGAUUACGGUGACAGUGCGAGAUAUCUUGAGUCGAAUAUCUCUAGAGAGCUUAGCUUCGCGGGCCAGAAAGAGCUGUCAAUUCUACCCGUCACAUGCGCCAGAGGAGCUCGACGUGCCAUUCGCAUUGUCUCCAAUGCAGACAAUGUUUUUUGAUACAGUACCACCUGAAUGCCUUAACCACUACAAUCAAAGCUUCUUCUUAUCUCUCACACGCCCGGUUUCUGCAGAAUCCAUGCACAUUGCUAUAAAGGCAAUCGUAAGGAGCCACUCGAUGCUACGAAGCCGGUUUAGCCAUAUCAACAGCCAAUGGGUCCAGAUUGUCACAGAUAACCCCAACUCUUACACCUUUCAGUUAUCCAAAGUAUCAUGUCUUGCGGCUAUCAGAUCGCAAGUCCCGGAAAUCCAACGCAGCCUAGAUAUAUGUCGCGGAAUUCUGUUCAGCGUAAAUCUGUUUCAUACAGAGAAUCAUGAACAGUACUUGCUUUUAGUCGCGCAUCACCUCGUGGUAGACCACGUCUCAUGGAGAGUGAUUCUUACAGAUCUUGAACAGCUCUUAGAGCGUACAGACCUGACUCCUGAUAUAUCCGUCGAGUCAUCAUUAUCCUUUCAGACAUGGUGCCGGCGCCAAGCUGCCUUUGCCUGUGAGCAUCUACCACCGGAGAAGGCCUUCCCAGUGUCUCACAAGGACCAAGGAUCUCACCAUGAGAACUUCUUGGACUACUGGGGCCUAAAAGGCUACCGAAAUAACUACUCGGAUACGGCUUUCACGGGGUUUACUUUGGAAGAAGGGGUUACGCGGAACCUCUGGGGUGGUACUAAUGAUGCGUUUCAGACAAAGCCCGCUGAUAUUUUUCAGGCUGCUCUCGUUUUUUCUUUUAACAACGAGUUUCAUGACAGAGCUCUACCAACAGUGUUCAAUGAAAGUCAUGGAAGGGAAGUAUGGGAUCCGUCUAUUGACCUGUCACGGACCGUCGGGUGGUUUACCACAAUCUGGCCAACUCCGAAUAUCAUAAUUCCAGGGCAAAGCUUUAUCGACGUGUUGAAAUGGACCAAGGAUGCAAGACGACAAGUACCUCACAAUGGAUACGAUUAUUUCACCUCACGCUUCAUCCACCCUCAGGGGCCUGACUCUCUACCUUUAGCUGUCCCUAUGGAGAUAGUCAUCAAUUUCGCAGGGUCAUUCCAACAGCUCGAAACCGAAAAGGGUUUGUUUUGCUUCCCGGAAAUUCAAUACACCAAACUAGAUGUAGAUCUCAACGCACCUCGAUUUGAGUUGUUCGAAGUAUCGGCAUUGGUAAAAGGCGGGCAGCUGGAGGUGGGAAUCACCUAUCACCAACACAUGCCCCAAGACCGGAUCGAAAGGUGGGCAGCUGGCUUUCAUGUCGCACUAGAGGAGGCGAGCGUCGUAUUGAACUCGAUUGAAAAGGGUUUCACCCCGUCUGACUUCCCGCUCUUGCAUACCGACUACGAGGGGCUGGAGUAUAUGCUCGAAAAAGUAUCCAGUUCUAAAAAGAUCAAGGCUAUAGCCGAGAUCGAAGACGCAUAUGCUUGUACAGGCAUUCAGCAGGGUAUAUUGCUCAGUCAAGCAAGAAAUGUGGCUCACUUCAACACUAGCACCACGUGGGAGUUGACAAGAGAGGGUGGCGUUGAUGUCAAUCUCUUCCUUAACGCUUGGCACAUGGUCGUUGACAAUUGCCCCCCCUUACGCACUAUAUUUGUCGAAGCCCGUUCCAAUAACCUCUGGGACCAAAUUGUGCUGAAGAUCGGCUCCGGUGAUGUCGUCCUCCUUGAUCGGAACACCCCAGAUUCGGCGCUUCAAGUUACUGAUAGCAUCACGCCCCUAUGUCCUUGGAAACUUAAACUAUUAGAUCGAGGCGAUACUAUGUUGUGCAAUCUUCGCAUACUACAUGCUCUUGUGGAUGGCUUUUCGACCAGUCUUCUUGAACACCAACUUGUUACUGCUUAUGAAGGUGAAGUCUUCUCAAAACCCCCCGCGGUAUUCAAGGAUUACGUCGCUUAUGUUCAAGAUCUCCCGAGCGGAGCAGCUACUGAGUUCUGGAUAGAACACCUCCGAAAUGUAGAUCCUUGUAUCAUGCCAACCCUUAAUAGCUCGCCAAGCAGACGUGAGUCUCCUGUUACCUACGUUGCCAGGAAACUUGACGAUAUUCAUCGCCUUGAAUCAUUCUGUGAAGCCAAUGAGAUCACCAUGUUCAACCUGGUUCAGCUGAGUUGGGGUCUCGUCUUGAAAGCAUACACAGGUUCAGACACGGCUUGCUUCGGCUACGUCGUGUCUGGUAGGAAUGUCGCAAUUGACGGCAUAGGGCAGAUCAUCGGCCCUCUUAUCAAUAUUCUUGUCUGCCGUAUCCAUCUUGAUGGUGGAAGCUCCGUUACGCAAUUGGUCCGUUCAAUUCACUCGGAUUUCCUUCAGGAGCUGGACCAUCAACAUACAUCACUAGCCGAUAUUUAUGAUGCAUUACGAACUUCUGCAAGUGGAUUAUUCAACACUGUUGUAGUCUUCCAAGUGAAAAACAACCCCAACACCGCGGACAAGAAUUCAGGCUUAUCUAUGCGCCCAGUUGCUUCGGACGAUCCGACAGAGUAUGAUCUUACACUUAAUGUCAGUCUAUCAAAAGACUCUAUGGAGUAUGCUCUGUGGUACUAUGACCACUCGUUCUCGCAAAGACAAAUAUCUGAUCUUGCGACUUCAUUUGAAGCGGCCUUGUUCUGGGCCGUGAGUUCAUGCAACACCCCGACUCGAAGCAUGGAGCUCCUAGGCGAAAGUCACUUGCAGUGGCUCCGUGAGCGCAAUCAGGUAGUCCCUAAAGCCUGUGAAGAGUGCAUACAUGACGCUAUCGCACCAUUCUUUUCUUCUACUCCGUUCGCUCCAGCCGUUUGCGCAUGGGAUGGGAGCUUCACCUAUAUGGAGAUUGAUCACUUGUCUUCCAUGCUAGCCAACAUACUCACCUGCGCUGGGGUGAUACCGGAAACGUAUGUUGGUAUUCACUUAGAUAAGGGAAGGUGGACUCCGAUAGCUUUACUCGCCGUACUCCGCGCAGGGGGGGCUUUUACUCUCCUGGAUUCAUCACUUCCUCUUGCACACAAACAACAAGUUUGUGAUGAUCUCAAAUGCCAAGUAUUAAUAUUUUCGAGUGCCACUGAUAAUGAUUUACCAUCGGCGCGAGAUUUGAUCCUGAUUGGUGACGGCGAAGAACGGGCAUGGGCUACGACGUCGGCAGCAACAACGAAGACAACGCCUUCUCAACCCAACCAUGCUGCGUACGCAGUGUUUACAUCUGGGUCAACAGGUCAUCCGAAAGGUAUCGUAAUCGAGCACUCAUCGUUCUGCACUAGUGCAAGGUCACAACACAGAGCUUUAUCCAUUGAUAGCGAAACUAGAGUGCUGCAGUUUUCUUCGUACUCGUGGGAUGUAGCGAUCAUGGACCAGCUCGGAACAUUAAUGGCAGGCGGUUGUGUGUGCAUUCCAUCAGAGAGCCAGAGGAUGAACGCGCUGGGAGAAUCGAUCAAUCUUCUCAAUGCCACGUGGAUUCAGACCACUCCAGCUGUGAUUCGUCUGCUGGACCCGGACCAAGUCCCAUCCCUGAAAACUGUUAUUCUGAUAGGGGAAACUCCCUCUUACAAUGACGUAAAGACGUGGCAUAGUAAAGUCUCUCUGCGAGAGACCUAUGGCCCUACUGAAUGUACUGUUCUUGCCACUGUUAACCCAGAUAUCUCGUUCAAUCCGAGGAACAUUGGCCGUGAAAGUGGCUGUGUCUGCUGGGUCGUUCAGCCAGAAGACCACAAUAGGUUGAUGCCAGUCGGCGCUGUCGGAGAGUUGCUGAUUCAAGGGCCCAUUCUCGGCCGCGGCUAUGUGAAUGAUCCCACCAGGACCUCCGCUGUCUUCGUUGAGAAUCCAUUGUGGGUUCAGAAGCUUGGUAUCCAACAACAUGUGCGGCUUUACAAGACAGGUGAUCUCGCGUAUCAUACCCACGAUGGCUCCAUUUGCUACGUUCGAAGAAAAGACGAUCAAGUGAAGUUACAGGGACAAAGAAUUGAACCUGGAGAGGUUGAGCAUCAUAUCUCAAUCAGCUUUGAUGGUGCGGAGCGAGUCAUCGUGGACGUUGUGACACUGGAUAGCGAAUCUGACAAGCCCUUUUUAGCAGCCUUUAUCAAACCAAAUGGCCUGGAUGAGACAGGGAAUUCGGCAUUUAAUUCCGAGGUAUUCGCUCCUCCAACUAGGGAAUUCGCUACCAAGGUAGCUCUCAAUCAAGCUUAUCUUAAGGGCCGACUACCUAAACGCAUGGUGCCAACGGUCUUUCUUCCCCUAGCCUGUGUCCCUUUGACUAGCACCUGCAAGACAGACCGCCGUCUUCUAAAACGAAGGGCUGCGCAUUUAUCCCGAACACAGAUCAAAGCAUACAUGAAUAUAGAAGUAAUUAACAAGCAGAGACCCUCAACCGAUGGAGAGCGCAAAUUUCAGCAAUUAUGGGCUCAAGUAUUGGAUAUGGCACCAGAGUCUAUCGGCACAAACGAAAGCUUCUAUCAUCUUGGUGGUAAUUCAAUGUCAGCCAUGCGGCUGAUUUCACAGUGUCGUAAAAUGAAGAUAGAUAUCAGCAUGCAAAUUGUUUUACAACAUCGUACUAUAGCCGAACUCGCUGCAUAUGUCGAAGAAAGCCGCAACCAAGGCAUGAUUACACAAGAUGCCACUGACAUACCAUUUCCCUUGACUCUAAUGCAGCAACAAAUUAUCCAAUCAUGCCCCCAAGAUGAGAAUCACUGCAGUAGGACUAUGCUCAUCAAACUUAAGGGCAGGGUCAAUGCAGACCAUUUGAUCCGCGCUGUCCGACUAGUUGUUAAUCGCCACGCAACACUUCGUUCUCGCUUUAGUAGGAACAUUCACGGUGUUUGGAUGCAACGGGACACUUCCCAUGCUGACGAAUCUUGUCGAGUUCGUUUCCUGAAGAUCGGUCAGAGAUGCGGACUCUCUGCCAUCGUCCAAGAAGCUCAAGGGGUUCUUAACAUCAAAAAUGGCCCAUUGCUUACCAUUGACCACGUGCAGAUUGAUCCUGAUGGGUUGAAUAACGAUACCUACCUUGUCCUUGUGUGUCAUCAGCUAGUCGCAGAUCUUGCGUCGUGCCGUAUCAUAGUAGCUGAUAUGGAAACCUUGCUUGGUCAGGGAGGUUAUCUCCCCUUGCCAAGCCAAGCCCCUGUAUCCUUUCAGGCUUGGUGCUCUCUGCAAAAUAAUGGCAAAACCACAUCCGCCAUAGACCUUGAUACCUUAGAUUCUACUCAAGUACAAUCGCGUAGCCAAGCUUCCAGAAUCCAAAUCUGGGCCAUGGACGAUUGUUCAGACAAGAGGCAGGAGCUUGCUCGUCGAGAAUUCAAGCUUUGCUGUUCGACGACAGACUUAUUGCUCGGCCGUGCUAAUGACGCGUUUCGAACAUACCCAGAGGAGAUAUUACAUGCAUGUCUACUUUAUUCCUUCUCUCGUGUAUUCGUCGAUUCUGCAGCACCGAAUAUUUGUAGUUGGGGUCCCGGUCGUGAAUCCACGGACAGCACCUUCGAUUUCGCACAAACUGUAGGUUGUUUCACUACUACACGGCCUACUACAGUCAAUUUCGACCCUAACUCUGAUUUGACUGGAAUGGUUCGUCGUAUCAAAGAUACUUGCCGUAUGCUUUCCAUGCACAGAGCAAAAAAUGGCGAACGGUUGCCAGCAUCAGGCGAAUUGUCACUCAGCCAAAAUAGAAUAGUUUUCAAUUAUGAGGGAUUGUCCAACCGGAAAGAUCAGGACGGGUCUAUCCUGCAGGCUGAGCCGUGGUUUCUUGAGUGUCCAUUGUUAGAUGUAACGCCCUCUGUACCCUAUUUUGCCCUUGUUCAGGUUUCAGUCUGUAUCGUCCAAGACCAACUGAAAGUGUCUUUUAUAUACAGCGAGCAUAUGAAACAACAUGAUCUGAUUCCCCUCUGGGUUGCCGACUAUAAGAGCUCAAUCUCCAGGGCAGUUGCUGAGCUCUCAGAAAAACCUCGGAUUUAUACUCUUAGUGACUUCCCGCUGCUGAAUACCUCCUACGAGGGGCUCGACUAUAUAGUAGCAAAAGUUUCGGAUCAGAUGAGGCUGCAGAAGAAUCCAGAAUGUGCUGUCCUUGAAGAUAUUAUUCCCUGCUCAGCAGUUCAAAGAGGGAUCCUCCUUACUCAGUCUAAGGAUCCUGAACUCUACUAUCCUCAAUUUACGUGGAGAGCCCAUGCGACGACCAAAGAACAGCCAAUUGACAUAGAACAGCUCCGUAUGGCAUGGGUGAAAGUACUGCAUAAGCACGUUAUAUUCCGGACUAUUUUCAUACAGAGCAGUGCGAGUCAUGAGCAUUUCCUCCAGGCAGUAUUGCGGUCAACUCCAGAAAAUAUCAUGACCCUGGCGUGUGCCAGCGAGGAUGCAAUCGGAACGAUUCGCACGUAUCAUGAAACACAUCCAUUUCGUCCUGAGAGUUCUCUCUGGCGCCUGAUUCUAUGUCAGAGUCAUACUGGUGACACUAUCUGCGAAUUGCAGGCCAAUCAUGCACUGCUUGAUGGAGCUUCAAUAGCCAUCAUUGCUCAUGAGGUCCAGCUAGCUUACAGUGGCAUGCUUCCCGAUGGCUACGGGCCGCGUUACUCCGAAUAUAUCAAGUACCUACAACAGGUUCCCACGGACACUACUAUUGACUUUUGGAAACGCAAACUUUUUCGCAUUACUCCCAGCCUUUUCCCACGGAUAACUAAGAGAAUCGGCCUAUCCGCCGAAGAGGUGCAAAGGCGUGAGCUGCGGUCUGUUUCUAUUGACAUCGAGGAUGCAUCACCAAUCUACCAGUUUUGCAUGAGCCAUGAGCUCAACCUCUCCAAUGUUAUCCAAGUCGCAUGGGGUUUGAUUCUCCAACGAUAUAGCAUGUCUGAUUCUGCUUGCUUUGCAUAUCUUACGACUAGACGCGAUGUCCCUGUCGCGGGUAUUGAGGCACUAGUCGCCCCUUUGAUCAAUAUUCUCGUGUGCCAUAUUGUCUUGGACUCUGGAACCUCGCUUCUGGAAGUACUACACAUUGUCAAGAAGGAUAAUAUUGAGAGUUUAGAAUACCAGAACUGCUCGCUGGCCGAGAUAUGCCAUGCCCUGUCUUUGAGUGCGAAUGACCUCCUGAAUACCUGCAUUUCAGUACAAGACAAGACUCAAAAUGAUGAGAUCCCCGCUCUCCCAGUCGCUUUUUCGGCACUAGGUGGUAAAGAUCCUACAGAGUACGAUAUUGUCGUCCACACGCUUGCAGAUAAACGCAGUAUAUCUCUUUCACUCGAUUACUGGAACGGCGAGUGUGUGGACCCUGAGCAGGCGCAACGACUGGUGCGCAUGCUGGGAGAAAUCAUUGUGAACAUCGUGACAAACCCGUACAUUCCGGCCUCCCAGGUCAAUAUCCUGGGCCGCAAGGAUCAACUUUUACUCAAAGAAUGGAAUGCAAUCAUUCCUAUAGCCCAUGAAGCUUGUGUCCAUCACCUUAUUGAGAGACAGUUUCGAGAGCGCCCCGGCUCUUUGGCGGUCCAUGCAUGGGAUGGUAAUUUAACAUACGGAUUAUUAGACAGUUUGUCUCUCAAGCUUGCUGCUCGCCUUGUUGAGUUUGGGGUUCGCCCUGAAGAUUUUAUUGGGCUACUGUUCGAAAAGUCUAUGUGGACUACGGUAGCAAUGCUUGCUGUAAUGAGGGCGGGUGCUGCGUUUUUCUUUUUGGAUCCGAACCUUCCAGUCCGUCGAUUAGAAGAGAUAUGCGCGGACACGAAUUCGCAGAUGAUACUCAGUUCAGUAUACCAUGAAGGCGUCUUGCAGCAUCUCUCUGUGGACAUAAUUGCUGUGGGCUCAAGCGUGGAAGACCUCUGGCGGCACGAAGCGGCUAUAGUUAGUACCACCGUCCAACCUAAGAACGCACUCUACGCUGUCUUCACCUCGGGAUCUACUGGGAGGCCCAAGGGACUUGUGAUUGAACAUCUCUCGUUCUGUUCCGUUUUAGGAGCUAUUAAGGGACCCAAAAAAAUCACCCAAGACUCAAGAGUUCUACAAUUCGCCUCCUAUUCGUUCGAUGUCAGUAUUGGUGAUCACCUUAUCGCCUUUACUCAAGGAGCGUGUCUUUGUAUACCCUCUUCGGAUCAGCUGCAUGAUGUCGAGAGAGCAAUCUCUACCUUCGGCGCUAACUGGGCAGAACUCACUCCCUCAGUGUCUAGGCUUAUCAACCCUAGUAAUGUGCCUUCUCUAAGAACCAUCAACCUUAGUGGAGAGCCUAUAAUCCACUCCGACUUAAUGCGAUGGCAGGGGUUUGCUCAAGUCAUCAACUCUUACGGCCCAGCGGAGUGUAGCAUCUGGUGUGCAGCACGACCAGAUGCAACAGACCCGCAGGAUCUUGGCUUCAUGAUAGGGGCUGUGGGCUGGAUCGUAGAUCCUGCCAACCAUGAGAGACUCCUCCCUCUGGGGGCUAUCGGCGAGUUGGUUCUUGAGGGCCCAAUCGUGGGCCGUGGGUAUCUCAACCGACCCAUGCAGACGGAAGAAUCUUUUAUCGAACCCCCCAUAUGGAUGCACCACUUUAGACAUCCAAUUUCGGCGCGCUUCUACAAGACAGGCGAUCUAGUUCGGUAUCAGUCCGAUGGUUCAAUCAUAAUCCUGGGACGCAAGGAUACUCAAGUUAAACUCCGGGGUCAGCGGCUAGAGCUCGACGAGGUUGCGUGGAACAUACGUCAAUGCCUGCCCGUGGGUUCUGACUUAGUUGUUGAUCUAGUCCGCCCAGAGAACGGUACAGCCGCGCCUGCUCUAACUGCUUUUAUUCUUUCCAAGUCAAUUCAUAAUGUUACACCUUGCGAAGACGACUUGUUCUUUGAACCGUCUCCUGAUUUCUCGACCAUGAUCUCGGUCGUACAAAGCCAUCUCCAAAAGUCACUACCACGUUAUAUGGUCCCUACAAUACUUUUACCUAUGCGGUACAUUCCUCUUACUAUUAAUGGGAAGACAGACCGCAAACAGCUUCGAGAUAGGUCGUCACGGAUGUCAUGGAGAAAAAUACAAGGGUACCUCGAUACGUCGCCCGUUGUUGGACAUAGGGGGCAUGAGACUGAACUCGAGGCAUCGCUGAGAGCCUGUGUCGCGCGCGUCCUCAACCGAAGCCCAACCGACAUUAGUUUUGACGACAACUUCUUCCACAUCGGCGGAGACUCAAUCGGUGCCAUGGAACUUUGCUCUAUAUGUCGCCGCGAGGGAAUAAUUGUGACGGUCCCGGAAAUCUUCAGAUACAAGACAGUUCGUUCUCUGGCCCCAAGAGUUCGGAAAGAUCUAGAACAUGUAAUAGAGACCGAAGAAAACAUUGGACACACUUUUGCGCUUUCCCCAAUUCAACAAUUGUUCUUUGAUCGAGUUCCUGACGGCGAAAAGCGCUUCAACCAGAGUUUCCUUGUCAGAUUGAGAACACCAACAGUGCCAAUAGAUGUCGCCCUGUCAGUAAUCGUGAGACGACAUGCCAUGCUUCGAGCGCGAUUUCAAAAGGAAAAAGGAUGUUGGAAACAGAUACUCACAGAUGAUAUUGGUCAAUCUUUUCGCUACCGUCACUUGACCAUUUCAAGUGAAGAGAUCCAGAGAUGCAUGAUUGAAAGCCAAGAAGUCGUCAAUUGCUUGCAAGGCCCCAUGUUGGCGGUGGAUCGCAUCAAUGACAACGACACUGAAUAUCUCUACCUCGUAGCUCAUCACCUUGUCGUGGACCUUGUUUCCUGGCGCAUAAUAUUGGGAGACCUCGAGAUGUUGCUAGCAGGGGAUACGCUUGCCCCGCCACGUUGCUUACCUUUCCAGGCCUGGUGCCAUGCACAGGUUGAUUAUGCCAAAGACCAUUUGACACCUUCUAAGACACUUCUAUCACUUGAAAAGAUCUCAAGCUUUGCGCUGAAUAUUGAGGAGAUCUGGGGUAUCUCGAGCAGUUUGAAUACGUAUGAAGACGCCACAUCCAUGGCUUUCACCCUUGAUCCAUACAUCACCAAGCUGCUUCUGGGACAAGCGAAUAGGGCCGUACAAACAACAGUUCUUGAGAUCUUCCACGCCGUAAUUCUUCUUUCCUUUGUAAGGACCUUUCGCGACCGUCCUCCCCCAAUAGUUUACCAAGAGGGUCAUGGGAGGGAACCCUGGAGUCGCUCUUUGGAUAUCUCGGAAACUGUAGGCUGGUUUACAACUAUCUGGCCUACCUUGGUGCACGCUACGCCAGACUCUAGUUUGAUCGACGUAGUCAGACAAAGUAAAGAUGCCUUACGUCUCACGCCGGCAAAUGGCUGGAGCUAUUUCACUUCUCGAUUUCUGCAUCCUGAGGGUCACCAGGUUCUGGAUAUGGGAAACUUGAUGGAGAUUACUCUGAAUUAUCAUGGCUCUUACCGUAGCCUUGAGAAGAGCGAGAGUAUCAUGCAGGUCGUACACGAUACGAUUCCACUCCCAGCAAAUGUAGAUCCACAUAUGGUUAGGAAUGAGGUGUUUGCCAUUGAUAUAUGGCUUGCUGAAGAGAGCUUUCGGCUUGACUUCACAUAUAGCAAGAAUUGUCAGCAACAAGACUCUAUUCGGGAGUGGAUAUCUACCUGCGAUGAGCUUCUGAAGAUUGCGGCCCAGGAAUUAUCGCAAUCCUCACGACAGUAUACCUUAAGUGACUUCCCACAGCUACCCCUAACAUACCCAGAGCUGUCUAUAUUUGUACAGAAUCUUCACGAGACUGGUAUUGAUCUAGAUUGCAUGCAGGGCGCAUAUCCCUGUACAGCAGUUCAGCAAGGCAUUCUACUAAGCAAGGAACGAGAUGACUCGUUUUAUGGGACUAGAACAGCCUGGAAAUUACUAACUUCAGACUCAAACAAGUCAAUCACAAUUCAGAGUGUGGAAGAGGCUUGGGCUCAGGUGGUUGGCAAGCACUCAGCACUGCGCACAGUAUUUGUUGACAGUGUCUCUGGAGAACUUCAUAAUCAGGUGAUAAUGGCGUAUGGUUCGGGCAGAAUCACGACUUCAGAUUCACGCGAUCCAGUGAGCGAGAAGGAUACGUGUGGACUCCUUCCAUGGCAUUUCAUGGUCACUCGGAUGUCCGAAACAGAGAUACUAUGCGAACUUGCCAUCAGUCACGCACUAGUCGAUGGAUUCUCGAUUCGACUAAUAGGUAUCGACCUAUCUCGCGCCGUUAAUGGUCACAACAUUGGCUGCGAGACCCUAAGCUACAGCGACUAUGCAGCGCACGUACAUUCCAUCGCUGCCAAACAGACCGAUUACUGGAGCACAUAUCUUCGUGAUGUCACCCCUUCUCUAUUUCUGGAGCUGAAUAGCUCGCCAAAUGGUCGCUUACAUUCUGAGACUCGCCAAAUUGAUAGUGGACGAGCCCGGAAGUUCUGCGAAGCCCACGGCUUCACUCUUUCUAACAUAUUCCAGGUAGCUUGGGCCUCGAUAUUGCGCUACUAUGCGAAUACAGAUGAUGUCUGCUUUGGCUAUCUAACAUCGGGGCGCGACAUCCCAGUCCACGGUAUUGAAGAUGCGGUGGGACUUUUUAUCAACAUGUUAAUCUGUCGCCUCCAGCUUGAUAACAACUCACCCAUACUCUGGAUUAUGGAGAGGAACGAAGCUAGUUUUGUUCGUAGCCUCGAGCAUCAACACUAUUCCCUUGCUCAGAUGCAGAGUGACUCAGGCUUUCAGCACAGUGGCCCCCUCUUCAACUCCAUACUAUCAUAUCAGGCAGUUACCGCAACAGCCGCACAUAAUUCGGACCCCGAUGAUAUUAUCAAACCUACUCUCCUAGAACUCGUUGAUAUACAAGAUCCCACGGAGUAUGCGGUAGUCAUAAACAUUGAAAGUGAUGGAAACACUAUCGGCGUAGCAUUCAAUUUCUGGGACUCCGUUCUUUCUCCCCAGCAGGGGUCCAACCUCUGUGAUCUUCUGGUUCAGGCUGUUUCACGCAUCAUCAAAAACCCUCAUGCUACAGUUGGCGAUAUUUCACUGAUAGGUCAAGAGGAGCUUGAUCUCGUUCACUUUUGGAACCAGGACGUACCUAAGGAGCAGUUCACAUGUGUGCCCGAGCUUAUCCUUGAGAACUGUCGUGUUGAGCCAUGUCGUGCUGCCAUCUGUUCAUGGGACGGUAAUUUUAAUUACCGCGAGCUGGACCAACUUUCAUCAUCACUUGCGUCACGAUUCCGCGAGCUUGGAGUUGGACCGGAAGUAUUUGUUCCAAUACUACAUGAAAAGUCGAAAUGGGUUGCGGUGGCUUUCUUGGCAGUCAUGCGAGCGGGCGGCGCAUUCGUCCUGCUCGACCCUUCAUUCCCAGACGCACGUUUACAACACAUCUGCAGCGCCUUAAGGUCAGAAAUUAUUGUCUGCUCACCCACCACUCGUGAUAAAGGACCCAUGUUUGGAAAGCAUGUAGUGGUGGUGUCGCCGUCUGAAGCUGAGCAGUGGAUUGUGAGUGGCACGACGAUUGCCACAACACCAAAUGUUCAACCUAACAAUGCUGUCUACGCUGUUUUUACAUCAGGAUCUACCGGUAUUCCUAAGGGUGUGGUCAUAGAACACUACAACUACGCAACCAGUGGGCGCUCACUCGAAAAGCGACUGCAAGUGACAUCGCGCUCCCGAGUGUUUCAAUUUGCAUCGCAUGCGUUCGAUGUUAGUAUCAGUGACUACCUCACUACUCUUAUGGCAGGUGGUUGCGUCUGUGUACCCUCUGAGUGGGACAGACUGAACGACAUAACGGGCGCAAUGCGUCGUCUGGAAGCGAACUGGGUUCAUGUCACACCAUCCGUUGCGCAAACCUUCCAUCCAUCGCAGGUCCCGGCCAUCGAAACCAUGAUACUAAGCGGUGAAGUCAUGAAAGAAGAUAACAUACGGACAUGGAAGCCAGAUGUUCAAUUGAUAAAUGCCUACGGGCCUGCGGAAUGCUCCGUCGAUUGUGCCGUCAAUACUGACGAUGUUGUCGAUCCGACGAAUAUCGGGACAGCGAGCGGAUGUGUGUGCUGGAUCGUCGAUAAGGACGAUCCUGAACGACUACUUCCUAUUCACGCCGUUGGAGAGCUACUAAUUGAAGGCCCCAUUGUCGGCAGAGGCUAUCUGAGCAAUGAAGACCAUACACAUAAAUCCUUCAUUCCUCCGCCUACUUGGCUUCGUCAAUUCAGGGGGCAUGUUACCUUGGCGCACGCAGUAUAUAGAACCGGGGACCUGGUACGGUAUGAAUCUGACGGCUCACUGCGGUAUAUUGGGCGCUAUGACCAUCAGGUUAAGUUCCAUGGUCAACGCCUGGAACUCGGAGAUAUCGAAGCUCACCUCUCUCGCCACCUCUCCCGCUACCCCAGCAUAGCAGCUGAUGUUCUUCAGCGACCAGGACCAGAUUCACAGCAAGCCCUUGUGGCAUUCGUCAGCGAAGGAAGAAAUGAUGUAUUCGAUGACAGCAUUACUAUUUUAGAAUCCACUAUGGAAUUCAGGGCAGAUUGUCAUUAUGCUACGGCUCAAUUAGCUCUAUCCAUACCACAGCAUAUGAUACCCACGAGGUUUGAAUUAGUUAGUCGGAUUCCCCUGACAAGCUCGGGCAAGGUUGAUCGGCGCAAGCUGUGCAGUCUAGCAUCCGAAAUCAAGUGGACUGAGGGCACCAACGAACCUGGCGCGCCUCGGAAACCUCUAAAUGCGACCGAGCAGACCAUACAACAAAUAUGUGCUGAGGUUCUAGAUAGCGCGCCUGAGAACAUCAAUCUAGACGUGGAUUUCUUUGCGAUGGGUGGGAAUUCAAUCAGGGUCAUGCAGCUUGUAUCCCGCGCUCGCCAUGCCAAUCUUCCGAUCACUGUGCGGCAGGUAUUCCGUACGCCCGUUCUCGCAGAUCUCGCGAGAACAAUUUCACAACCUGCCGCCCCAGCACUACCCGCGCGUACUCUCGGACAAUCUCCUGAGGACAUUGACCUUGCACUGUCGGGCCGUCUACCCUGGCCUCAGCUUCAUUUCCGAAAAGAUGAUGUGGCCGAUAUCUUGCCUGCUAGUGAGAUCCAGGCUUUCUCUUCUAGGCGACCUCAAAAUUAUUGGUUUUUGGAACUCAACGGCGCUCUGGAUUCCGAUCGUCUGAAACUCGCUUGCUCCAAUCUAGUACAGCGACACGCGAUUCUCCGGACCAUCCUCGUGCCGGACGCCGAGCGUAUACUGCAAGUAGUGCUGCACCAGUUGCCCUUACCCAUCACAGAAUGUGAGACGGAGGAGCGUGAUCUCAUUAACUUUGCGAAGACCCUCUGUCAGGCAGAUUCGGCGUCCCAAGUCCUGUACAACGUCCCGCCGCUUGCUUUCACACUCAUUCGUCGGCACAGUUCCCACCACAUGGUCAUACUCCGACUAUCGCACGCCCAGUACGACGGCUUGUCUAUUCCCACUUUGAUGGCAGAUCUUCUGAAUUUGUACCAACAACACCCAAUGGAAGCCGCUGCUACCUUUUCCGCUUACACGCGACACUGCACACGAAGUCACACAGCUGAGGCAUAUGAGUUCUGGCGAGACCUGCUACACGGAGCUUCCAUGACAUCACCCUUCCAGACAGACAUUUCGAAUUGCGCAUUGGAGUCAACCGCCAGCCUAGUCGAAGUCGAAGCUCAUGCGCCUUCACCCGUUGCGCCUCCCGGUAUUACAAUGGCGACGAUCCUCAAAGCCGCAUGGUCGAUAGCACAAGCGCGGCUGCUGCAGAACACAAGGGGCCUCGUAUUUGGGCAAUUGGUUAGCGGGCGGAGCAGUCUAGGCGGAACUAGUUUAGAAAAUGUUGUAGGUCCCUGCUUGAACGUUGUGCCAGUACGAGUGCAAUUGCCCGACGACGAGACCAUCGCGGCAUUACUCCGCCGUCUACAAGACCAGCAUGCAGCAAGCCUUGCAUUCGAGACCGUUCCUCUACGAGCUAUAAUCACCCACUGCACAUCCUGGACGGACACGGACUUUGGCUCUAUAGUGCAUCACCGACACGCGCCAGAGCAGGCCACAUUGCAAUCAGACUCGCUUGAAUGCCGCGUCGAUGCCUGGUCCCCGGUCUCCUUACCUGACAAGACUAUCUGGAUUGCUAGUCUCGUGGACGAGGGCAAACAGCAAUUGGAGCUGGACAUGUAUACUCGCAGCGAGGUGGCUACGGCGGCGUGGCUUGAUCGUCUGAUGGGCGAGUUGUGUACAGUGCUGAGGGUGUUCCAUGAAGAGGGUUUCUCGGUGAUGAUUGAGCAGGUUCUACGCAGGGCUCACACUGGAACUCAAGAUUGAGAGCCUACAUAUUCCAAUGUGUUUAUCUAUUCAGAUAUCGAGGUUGAGUAUACACUUAGGUGUGUUUAUAUGAUUGACUGAUGGCGUUUAACGUCGUGAGAGUAUGCUACGUAGGGCAUUGGGACGCGGCACGCUGUCCGCUAUCUGCCCCUCUACCUAUGACUGUGAAGGAUGGCCCAGUACCUAUCUACACUGAUAUCUUCCAGCAUCGUGUAUGUUGACUGCCUGUGCAGGUAAGUACAUGCUUCCUGCUGCCUCAGAAGUGCCUGCCUACAUAUCCAUGUAUCUAUCUAAGCCCAAUUGUCACAAGUACCUCCACUGCGAGAGGGCAUAGAAAUUGUUCCAAAGGAGAUACUCCUCUCGAAUUUACUAUAGGCAAGAUGUGUUGUUCACGUACUUUGGUGCUUGAUUUGAUGAGCGGGAUGUACUUUCACAUUUGUGAGCGCCGAUGACCCUAAAGAAACCAUC